ACUCACGCUAGGCUAAGACACAAGAAUGAAGGCUGCCGUGUUCCUGUUCUUCGCUGUCACCAUGGCUGUAGCAGCGGCCAUGCCUCCGCCUGGUCCGGGUCCCUUCCUGCCUUCGUCGGGCGUCCUGCAGUCCUUCAUCCCGACUCCCGAGCAGAUCCAGGCCCUGCAGGCGAUUCCUCCCGCCCCCGCCCCUGCCUCUGGGACCGCGGCAAAGCCUCCACCUCCUUCCGCCGUGUCAGACAUCAUCAAGAAGUACCAAGGCACCGCCGCUGCCUUCAUGCCGGCUGCUCCCUGACCCUCUGGCCACAGUUCACGUUUCCAGCUGUUAUUGAAGUUUUAAGUACUAUGAACUUCAGUGGAAAGCAUAUAUAUGUAUAUUUUUUCCCCUCUGGAAGAUGUUUCACUUUUUAAUAAGUCGGAAAUAAGCGCUGAUUGCUUCCUUAUCAUCACCUGUUGUGUUUAACAGCUGUUGAUAUUAUCAGUUUUUGUUCUCAUUGGCGUUUAUUAUACAGUUGUUGUUAUCAUUAACUUUUGCCAUUAACAGUUGUUGACGUUAUCAGCUGUUACUAAAGACAUCCCAAGUGUGCUC